AUGACUGCCAGACAGACAGUGAUGCCUCUGGUGGUGCUGAUCCUCUCCCUGCCAGGUCUUGUUCAUAGCUUCAAACCACUCUUCUCAUCAGAUUCCAUCACUCACCGUUACAUUACACGAAUAGCAAUCCUUCGAAAGACAGCAGAGGUCUGCCGAGAUAUCGCUGCUUCUAAUGGACUGGACUUUACCCUGACUAUUGAUAAUAGCUUGUCAGUUGGAAAGGUGCAAAGGGCCUGUUCGUCUAUAGGUACCUUCACAUCUUUCGUUUCCACCAUCAAGUUUGAAAUCGCCAUUGCUACUAUGUACCUCAGCAAUGCAGUGGUGGACCAAAUUUUUGUGCUGAGUGCGGCGCGCCAUUUUGAUGAUGAGACCUUCCACAGAGGACGGGAUAUCAUCACAGAAGGUGUGUCUGCGGUCAAGGCCAGUGUCAAGCUAGAACAUUUUUACAGAGGGAGGUGGACUCUAGGGCAAAUCUGUCACACCCUACAGGACUUUUACAGCCACAGUAACUGGGUGGAGCUGGGAUAUAAAACUCCAUACAGUGCUCUGAUCCGACCUGAACAACCUCUUGAGAACCUGGCAGGACGAAAUACUCCAACUUGCAGAAGUUGUGCAGGAGAGAACUGUAUCAACAACAUAUUGCCUGACGUGCUGAACCGGGGACUUCUGACUUCAGGCUACUUCAGUAUUUUCUUCUCAGCAAAACCUACAGGUAAAUGCAGCCAUGGUGGAUUUUUUGACCGCACAAGCAGGAAGGAUCCAGUGGGAGGGAUCAGUAAGGAUACACUUGAUUCCAGUCAUGGCAUCUUUCACCAUGAAGCAGCUGAUCUUGCUAUUCAUGCCACUAUGGAAUUACUGGAGGACAUCAGAUUAGCUGCUGGAGAGAAGAACUUCUUGAGACUGAUGGGCCUCUCCCAGUUUCCUGUGUUGUGUUUUGUCAUAGACACAACAGGAAGUAUGAGAAAUGAGAUUGAUGAAGCAAAGAGGGUUUCUUUAGAGAUCAUUGACAGAAAAAGAGGAACAGGACAGGAACCCUCUGGUUACGUAUUGGUACCUUUCAAUGACCCAGAUUAUGGGCCGCUGGUUAUGACAGCAAAUGCAGACGUCUUCAUAGAGCGCAUCAACUGUCUGUCUGCAAGUGGAGGAGGAGAUAUCCCAGAAAUGGUCUUGUCUGGACUACAGCUUGCACUGACGGCAGCUCCACCCUUCUCUGAGAUUUUUGUCUUCACUGAUGCUCCAGCAAAAGAUGGCGAUCUGAAAAACACCAUUAUUGCUCUCAUAGAGAGCACCAAAUCUCAGGUUACUUUCAUGCUCACAGGCAGUGCAGCAGGUCGACGGCGCCGCAGAGCCUCUCAGGGAAUGGUUCCACGUUCAAUGAGUCAAUCUGCUGUCCAGUUAUACCAAGACCUAGCUCACGCUUCUGGAGGUCAAGCCAUUCAGGUCACUAAGUCAGAACUCUCUCUGGUUACCAGUGUUAUAGUAGACUCAUCAGCCAGCGCUGUGGUGACAGUUUUUCAGGCAUCAAGAAAUCCUGGAAGGCCUGACAGUUUUAAUUUUACUGUUGAUGGCUCAUUACAGAACAUAACAGCUUACAUCACAGGAGACUCUGCUCUCACCUUCAGCCUCACCAGCUCCACAGGUGUAACUCAGACUUCCAGUCAGUCCAGUGGUCCUUUGGCAUCUGUCACCACAGCAGGAAACAUGCAUCGUUUAAGCCUCAACACUGAUCAAACAGGGCUAUGGCAACUCAGUGUUAGCUCAAACAACCCUUACUCUGUUAAGGUCACAGGUCAAAGUUCAGUGAACUUCAUUUAUAACCUUGUCGAAGAGUCUGACGGAGCCCACGGGGACUUUAGUCUUAAGGAAGGACGUCCUCUCUCAGGUGGUAAUACCAGCAUCUUGAUCACUGUCACAGCAAGUGACACAGUAAAGGUCACUGAGGUCACUCUUUUUGACAACUCAGGUGCCACAGAGGUCAAAGGAUCAUUGCAAUCAUUAGGAAGCAGCGAUUUCCUGGUGACAUUUAGUGGAAUCCCAGCAGGUGAGUUUGUGCUUAUCCUGAAAGGAGAGGACAGCAGCUCCACUUCCAGGUCCACUUCAAGCAGCUUCCAGAGACAAGCGUCCACACGGAUCAAGACCUCCAGCAUCUCUGUCACUGCCCAAGCCAAUAAUACCAACAUCGAGCCGGGCACCACUAUCUCCAUCCCCUUCACAGUCGCCACAACUACUGAUGGAGUUAUAACUGACUCUGCAACUGAGACAUUCACAGUGCGAGUCAGCAAUGACCGCAGUUAUACUUCCACUUCACCCAGCAGUGUUACUACUGUAGCAGGCAGUGGAGGUAAAGCCAAUGGCACCGUGACCCUAACGGCUCCAUCCAGUGCUGCAUCAGGAACAGACGUGACCCUCACCAUUGAGGCAGAAAACUCUGCUGCCACCGAAAUCAACUAUGUAGUUCUCAGGUUUUCUGUGACUGCUAAAGUGAAAGAUGUUAACCACCCAGUUUGCCACAUAGUCAGUACAUCAACAACAUGUGCCUCCUCUACAUCACUUUGUGCUUCCUCCCAGUGGGAGUUCAUCGCUUAUUUCACUGAUGGCAUCAAUGGAACUGGCAUUGAUAGGGUCACCAUUCGCCAAGGGAAUGGUACUCUGAAUAUCACCACAGCAAAUGGAGCAGGGGGUGACAAUAUCACAGUGGUUACCUACACUGCCUCCUGCUGCUCACAGAUAGUGGAGCUGACUGCUGUAGAUGGUGUAGGAAAUGUGGGGACAUGUGUGCAGCAGGCUAGAUUGCUUGACACCGUCACUAAACCACCUCCUGUGACUAGUUCUGUAGUUAAGACAACAUCCACUGGAGAGUACACUUUGUACAUAUCAAUCAUUCUUUGGAUCAGUGUUGUGUUUUCUGUACCUUGGAAGUAA